AUGUUCAAGACCGGAUUAGUUAGCAGCGCCAGAGCCUUCUCUACCUCCAGCAGAGCCUGGGGUACCAAGGUAUUCUUCAAGACCUCCAUCGAUGGUGUCCAACAACCAAACAUCACUUUUGAAUUGUACGACGAUGUUGUCCCAAAGACUGCUGAAAACUUCAGAGCCUUAUGUACUGGUGAAAAGGGAUUCGGAUACGCCGGCUCCAUCUUCCACCGUGUCAUUCCAAACUUCAUGUUGCAAGGUGGUGACUUUGAAACCGGUAAGGGUUACGGUGGUAAGUCCAUCUAUGGUAGACACUUCCCAGAUGAAAACUUCAAGAUCCAACACACCAAGCCAGGUUUGUUGAGUAUGGCCAACGCUGGUCCAGGCACCAACGGCUCCCAAUUCUUCAUCACCACCGUCCCAUGUAGCUGGUUGGACGGUAAGCACGUUGUCUUUGGUGAAGUUGUCGAAGGUAUGGAUGUUGUCAAGAAGAUUGAACUGCUUGGUUCUUCUCCACAUGGAUUCACCAGUGCCAAGAUUGCCAUUGAUGAAUCUGGUGAAGUUAACUAG